AUGUGGUCCCGCGCCGCCCCGUCGCAGUCAACCUGCCGGUGCGUCUCGUGUUUGAGUACAGUUGCCAAUGGCGUCACUUCACGAUCAGCGACGGCUGCCAGCAAAAGGAAAUUGAGGAUAGGGAACUCUGUCACGGCACUCUACACCAGUAUCUUUGCGGCCGCUGCACUCGCGGACGCGAAAGCCAAGACCCAGCGUCGGCAUGAUCUCCAGGAGAAAAUCGCGGCCGUCAAAGCCGAAGUAGACGAGCUAGUGGAUGAGGAACAUCGAAUUCUUGAGUCUCUACAGUCACGAAAGAAAAACCGGGGGAUAACCCGAUUGCUACAAGAGAGAGGCCUGUCAACAAGAUUCUUCCACACAGAGCGCCGGUCCUAUGGUAAUCAGGAUGCACAUAUUGACGAGAACUUGUCGACGGAGGAGUUUGGGGAUCUUGAUCUCCAGGAAGCUGAAGCGAGUGCGCUGCGCGCGGCUAUGAAUGAAGCAUUACCGGACUGGGUCGUUGGAGAUACAGCUCGCAUUAAAGCUGUUCAGAAACUUGCAUUGAAACAAUUCGCAAUUCGAAUUCUUCUACGACCGACUAUCGCGCACAAAUAUUCCGGGAUCCGAAUGAAUUACGGAGCGGAUUUCGACGUCCCCCAGAUCGAUGUCAAGAACUUACUCAAUGAGUUGAACGUCGUACGACGCCAGAUGCUCAGGCUGUUGCAUAAUAAAAAUGUGGACCUUACUGAUGUGAUUGCCGAUUUCGAUGCCAUGCGAUCUGAGGAGGCGAGGAGAAACGACCGGAGACUUGAUAAUGAACUCCAAGAGUACAUUCAGUCGUUCAUGAGCCAGCAGAUGUCCUUGCAGGAACUCCUCCUGCGGAUCUCCAGAAACUUGAUCCAAUCAGCGGACCCAGAUCGCACCACAGCGUUCCGAGUUUUGCUCAUUGCUUUCACCCAAUCCCGCCAAAACGACUUAAAUGACCUGCUACUGCAGUCAUUGUUGCCGAAUCGAUUCUACUUGAGCACCUCUCUCAUCGUCACUAUCCUCUCCUUUUUUCGCAAGUCCAAAAACCUCAAGGACUUUGAUUUGUUUCUGCAAAUGCUGAGUGGCGAAGGCUACACAGUAAACCUGGGAGCCCUUAGUCCUUUCCGGCGCCGAAAGAUCAAUGGACUGACUACGGUUAUUCCGCCCUUGUAUGGCAGCAGCAUCGUCAUCUAUACAGAGCUCAUCUCAGCUGCCUUACGAUUCAACCAGCCGGAUCGAGCAGACGCCUGGCUUCAGGCUGCACGAAAAUCCGGCUUCUUCGACAACUUUAACACCCUAUUUACCUAUAUCCGGUUUUACAGCAUUCGUCAGGACUGGGAAAGGGGAAUUCACGCCUUGAAGAGAGCGGUCACUUAUCUUGUAUCAUCGACUGACCUACAAUCAAGACUCGUUGAGCGGUUGCUCCUAUACAUGGUGCAUCUCUGCGACUCAUGUUGCCAGAAAGACGUAUCCGAAAGUCUGAUCUCGGCUGCUGUGCACAGCGGUUUCAAUCCAAAUAUUCCAUCACAGCAUAACGAAAUUGCGCCCAUCGUGGAUCAAGAGGGUCAGCGAUGGAAAAAAGCCGCCGAAACAACGCCACAGGAAAACUUGUCCCGUCCCCUCUGGCAGAAGUGCUAUGACUUUGCCAAUGUAUUUGGACAGCAAUUGAGCAGGCUGGAAGUGCCUGAAGAUCAAUUAAUGGCGCGGAAGCUCAAUCGCCUCGCUGCCGUUCAUGCAGAUGAUGCUUUAUCUGCUACCCUUCCCAGACACCCAGAACAGGCAAUAUCACCACUAGCAAGCUCGGAUCCUGCAGGUGCUGCGCAAGCCCAGACCACCCAAAGCGAAGAUAUAGCCGCUUUGAAGGACGAAGUCUUCCAACUACGUCAGCUUGUCUUUGAACUGCGCAAACACCACAUCGAGGCCUCGUUCAAAGAGGAAAUCCACCAUGAUCUAGAGUACGAGGAUUCACUCUCACAACCAUCAAACCCUAAUCCAACCUCACACGGCCUGCCCUCUCAACCUCAAGACUCCUCCAUGAGUGUCGAAUUCGAACGGAUACCGAGCCCGAUAGAAUGUGAAGAGCAUGACACAUCACAUUCAAAUCUUUCUUCUCGCCCCGCACAAGUUAUGAAGGGUCCCGCACUGGAACAUGGCCAUUCCAUUGAUCUUCCUCAGAACCAAGCACAACAACCAUCUCGGGGCCAGGCAAAAAGAUCAUCGCUGCGUCUUCUCAGCGCGCUGCUGGCCAGGCAUGAGACCGUGUUCUUCCUCCUUUUGUGA